ACCCUUACCUGAAGAGGUGUGCUUCUGAUGUACAUCCAUUAUUGUUGUCGGGAAGCCGAAAAUGAGACUUAUUGUCUGUGACGACUGAUUGCUGGCCGAAACCCUCACACUUGAGGGAACACGAGGGCAAACAUGAUUCCCGUGGAGCAUUGGACACCAGAUGAAGUUUCAGCUUGGAUAAAACAUAUCGGCUUCGCUGAACAUGCGCAAAGUUUUUUGGAUAACUCUGUGUCUGGACUGGAUCUGUUGGAUAUCAGUGAUUCAGUUCUUGAGUGGCUGGGUGUCGGGGACGUGGCACAGAGACUUGGUGUUCUACAACACUUGGAGGAACUCCUUGAACUUCAGGCAGGAGACCUCAACCUCAACCAUAACCAUAACCAUAACCCCAACCUCAGCCCCACCCCCAGUGCCAACCUCAGCCCCAGUGCCAACCUCAGCCCCAGUGCCGGUGCCGGUGGCAGCCUCAGCCCAGAGGAGCAGCAGGGUGAGGCAGAGCGGGCGGAGCAGGCGGAGUGGGCGGAGUGGGCGUUGCACCAUGAUGAUGAGCGGCCCGCAGCCACAGCCGUGACCCAAUCCCCAAGCAGCAGCAGCAGCCUCAACAGCCACACAGAGAGGGAGGCAGUGGGAGAAAGAGAAGACAUUUGGGAAGAGCAGCAGGAAAUAGAAAUUGAAAUGUUUCGGAAAAAAGCCUCCUCCUCCUUGAGAAUGGGACGAAUAUCAGAGAGCUCUAGAUGGAACUCUGAUCGAGGCCGCAGCUCCUCCUUCCAUGUCACAGGCCUGCGUGACUACGACAUGAGGCCGACGGCAGACGAGGCGUCCGGGGGCGGCGGAGGAGGCAGCGGCGGCGGGGGAGCGGGUGGCGGCAGCAACACGGUUCUCCAGCGCCUCCUGCAGGAGCAGAUGCGCUUCAGCGACAGCCGCAACUACCUAGCCCAUCAGCAGCAGCAGCAGCAACAUCAGCAGCAGCAGCAGCAGCAACAGGGUGGAGGUGGAGGGUAUCCGCCUGGUAGCGGAGGACCCGGGGACGACCACGGCGGCAUGGUGCCCCACAUCGCCCGGCAGGAGCCCCAGGGCCAGGAGCUGCAGGCGGACAGCGGGCUGGAGAAGCAGCUGGGCACCAGGGGAGGUGGAGGAAGCAGUGGAGGAGGAGGAGGAGGAGGCAUGGGCGGAAGUGGAGGAGGAGGAGGGCUUCAGGGGCUCAACCCAGAGGACCUCCCCAGCUACGAGGAGGCCAAGGUGCAGUCGCAGUAUUUCCGCGGUCACGGGCCACCUCCGCAGUGUCAGCAGCAGCAGGGACAACAGCAGCAGUGUGGGCCCCAGGGUCAACAACAGCAGCAGGGCCCCCCUCCGCAGUCCCACCAGCAGCAGCUAGGGGCAGCGUUCUACGUGACGGGGGUGACGGGCAUGCAGGGCAUGGGUAGCAUGGGUGGCGGUGGUGGCAGCGGUAAGAUGCGUACGGAGGUGCGCACGGAGGGUCGUCCCACGGUGCAGCGGGUGAGCGGGGCGGGGAAGGUGCACCAGGACGACGGGCUGAAGGACCUGAAGCAGGGGCACGUGCGGUCGCUCAGCGAGCGCCUCAUGCAGCUGUCCCUCGCCACCAGCGGCGUGAAGGCCCACGCGCCCGUCACCAGCGCCCCGCUCUCCCCGCAGCUUCCCCCGCCCCCGGGGCCCCCCGGGGACUACUACAAGCCCUCCCCGUCCGGCUCGCUGCACCGCGGGCCCCCGCCCGACUACCCCUUCAAGGGGGUGGCGUCUCCGCCCAAGCACCAGCCCCAGCACCAGGGGCAACAGGGUGGGCAUCAACAUCAGCAGCAGCAUCAGCAGCAUCAUCAGCAGCAGGAGCCCGGGGGACACUACUACCCCGACCCGCACCGGCAACCGCCGCCACAGCAGGGCCGGCCCGAUAUUCCCCACGUCCGCUACCAGCCACCGCCAGAGUACGGCUCCUUUCGCUCCAGUAAAGAGGGCUCCCUCCACUCCCAGCGUACCCUUCACCACCACAGCCCCACCUCCUCAGUCACCUCCGUGGGCUCCCUGUCCCGCGCCCAGUCCUCCACCCUCAGCAGCCUGAUGGCGGCAGCAGCGGCCGCCAGUCACGCCCAGUCCCAGCCCCCCAUGCCCCACCCGGGCGACCCCUACUCCCUGGGGCCGCGCAGCCCCGGCUCCCACCAGGGGGACCCCUACGGCCCACCCGGCGGCCCCUCGCACCACCCCUCUCUGCAGCGCGGACACCACGGGUUCCCCUCGGACCCCUACGGCUCGGCGCCCCGGAGUCACGCCCACCAGCAUCAACAGCAACAGCAGCAACACCACCAGCAGCAGCAGUACCACCACCAGCACCAGCAGGGGUCCGGCUCUGGGCAGGGUCCGGGACCUGGGCCCGGGCCGGGUGCUGGUUCGGGGUCGGGGCAGGGUGCCGGUGGGCACUACGGGCACCUGCCGUACUCGCUGCAGGGUGACCCGUACGCCAUGAUGGCGCGGGCACAGCAGAUGGUGGACGUGCUGACGGAGGAGAACCGCAUGCUCAAACAGGAGAUGGAGCUCUGCACAGAGAAGGUCUCCAAGCUGCAGAAGUUGGAGACGGAGAUCCAGCUGGUGUCGGAGGCCUAUGAGAACCUGGCCAAGUCGUCGUCGAAGCGUGAGGCGCUGGAGAAGACCAUGAGGAACAAGCUGGAGCUGGAGGUCCGACGGCUCCAUGACUUCAACCGCGACCUCAGAGAGCGCAUGGAGACCGCCAACAAGCAACUGGCAGCUAAAGAGUGUGAAGGUUCCGAGGAAAACCGGAAGACCAUCUCUCAGCUCCUCGCUCAGAACAAGGAGACUCAGCGUGAGAAGGAAAAGCUGGAGAUGGAACUCAGCGCCCUGCGCUCCACCAACGAGGACCAACGACGCCACAUCGAGAUCCGAGACCAAGCGCUCAACAACGCCCAGGCCAAAGUAGUCAAACUAGAGGAGGAGCUGAAGAAGAAGCAGGUGUAUGUGGAGAAGGUGGAGCGUAUGCAGCAGGCUCUGGCCCAGCUGCAGUCGGCCUGCGAGAAACGCGAACAGCUGGAGCACCGGCUACGCACGCGCCUGGAGAGGGAGCUGGAGUCACUACGCAUGCAGCAGCGUCAGGGCAGCAGUUCCCAGAGCGCGGUGUCUCCGGAGUACAACGCCACGGCGCUGAUGGAGCACCUGCGGGAGAAGGAGGAGCGUAUCCUGGCCCUGGAGGCCGACAUGACCAAGUGGGAGCAGAAGUACCUGGAGGAGAGCGUCAUGCGGCAGUUCGCCCUCGACGCAGCCGCCUCAGUCGCCACGCAGAGGGACACGUCGUCCGGGGGCAUCAGCCACUCCCCCAGCAGCAGCUAUGACGUGUCAGUAGAGGCCCGCAUCCAGAAGGAAGAGGAGGAGAUUCUCAUGGCCAACAGGAGAUGCCUAGACAUGGAGAGCAGGAUAAAGAACUUGCACGCCCAGAUCAUCGAGAAGGACGCCAUGAUCAAGGUGCUGCACCAGCGCUCGCGCAAGGACCCGGGCGGCAAGGGCGACGCGCCCUCCUCCGCCAUGCGACCCUCCAAGUCCCUCAUGUCCAUCGCCAACGCCAGCAGCAGUGGGGCGGACCGGGCGGAGAGGGGGGGCUCGUCAGGACUGCUGUCCCACACGCUGGGCCUCAGCGGCAGCCCCAUCACCGAGGAGCAGCGCAAGGACGACCGCAGCUGGAAGGGCAGUCUGGGAGUGCUCCUGGGCCCAGAGUUCCGCACAGACUCCCUGAGGGCGGAGUCCAUCUCCUCGUCGCCGUCCCCCGUGCUGGCCUCCAGCCACUCCAAGACGGGCAGCAGGGACAGCUACACCCAGACCGACAAGGGCCAGGAGGCCAGCAAGCCCAGCACCCCCGCCCUGCCGUCCCUGCCCACCCCCAGCGCCACCACCCUGCCUGCCCAGAGCCGCCUCACCAGCCCCAGCCCCGUGUACGCCAGCCCCAGCCCCGUGUAUAUACCCGACCGCAUCGCAGAUGUUCCUGCGUACCACAGCAGCACGCUGGAGAGGAGGGCCCCAGUGCAGUCACUUCCCCAACCGCUCAGCCAGGCCGACGUGGACAGCGACAUGGUGGAGAUACUCAUCUAAAACAGAGUGCCUGCUCACACACACACACACACACACACACACACACACACACACACACACACACACACACACACACACACACACACACACACCUCUAUAUCUAUGCAAACCCACAAAAUGCAUAUCAUUCAUAUCAUCCAUACGUCUACAUUUCUAUAAACUGCUACUUGGUUCUCUGUGAGGGUGUGUGUAGAUGCACCCUUGGUGACACUUUGAAAGGAAAAAAAGGUGUUUUUCAGUGAAAAAUACCAGCUGGGACUUAGCGAGUACGGUGCCGUUCCUGAUGUCAAGAGACGAACCUUCAUUCAUCGGAAGAAUUUUAAUCUUCCUUUUCCCUCCCAAACCCUUGGACCAAAUGUCUUAGCUUUUCAUCCAUUUUAAUUUUAUUUUGUAAUGCUUUCUCUUAUUUGAUCCAUCACCAUUUGCAUGUAUUGCACUAUCUACCCUGUAUUCUAUCUUCUGUUGUUGCUCUCUUUCCUCAGAUAGUAUAUUUAUGCAUAGACCAAUAUUUAGCUGUUGUGUUACAUAUGGCACUUGGGGUAGGAUACCUAAAUACUGUAGGUAGUAACAUGUUUACUUUUUUAAAAACAUUUUAUUACAUUUCUUUUUUGA